CAGGUCAGCUCAAACAUGGAGAGAGGAGCAGAAAGACAAAGAGGAGGUGAAAUGGAGGUGGUGGAGGAGAAGGGCUCAGUGGAAAUGCAGUGGGGGGAGGCAGAAGUGCUGGCUCUCAUAUCAGUGUGGAACGAGCUUGGGGCUCAGCACGUAGCAGAGAGCAGAAAUAAAUUUGAGUUGAUCUCAGAGCGUCUGAGGCGGCUCAGCGUUAUACGCGGCUGGAAGCAGUGCCAGGCCAAGAGCAGGAGCCUGGGACUUCAGAGCAAGAAGCCUGACGCAGCAGCAGGCACGUCAGCAAACUACAGCCCAGGAAUGGAUGGGAAGUCGCUGGAGGGCUGGAAGGAAGAGGUGGAUGGUGUGGGUAGUCAAAGAGGAAUCUUCGCUUCCUCAGUCACUAUCCCAAUGCAGGAAGGAGCCAAGAUUCAGACCCACCCAACUGUUGCCUACACUCCGAACGUGGCCGAGGAGGGGGGUCGCCACUGGACAGACGACGAGGUGCGGGCACUGUUGUGCGUCUGGGCCGACCGGCGCAUUCAGGAGCGCUUGAAGUGCACCCUGCGCAACAAGUCAAUCUUCCAGGAGAUGUCCCGCCAGAUGCAGAGAAACUACGGGGUGGUCCGCAACUGGAAGCAGUGUCGGACGAAAUACAAGAACUUGAAGUACGACUACAAGACGGCCAAAAGCGCUCACGCCGCCGGGGGCAGCGGCGCAGGGGGCCCGGGGAAGUACAUGAAGUUUUUCGACGAGGUCGAAGCCAUCCUGCUGGACCGCGGACUGGAGAACGGGACCGUGGAAAUGCAGAGGAGGUUGUACACGGAAGAAAUGGCGGCAUGCAUGCUAAAAGCGCCGGGAGCCCACACAGGACAGGGGCCACCCUCGGAGGGUGAGGUCGUCAUAGAAAUUGAUGAUGGUAUGUAUUCAGUCCACAAUGCAAGUAGAGGUUUUGGAUUAAAGGCAAGGAAAUCAUUUUUUUUUUCUAUUUUUUCAGAUGACAACAGCGACGAUUAUGACAUUGAUGGAGACGUGGAAACAAAAUGGAAAGGAGCAGAUGCCCGUCUACUGCACGCAGAUUCGUCCAGCUCCGACCAGCUUAAUGUGGUCACGGUGUCGGACACGGGACGGAACUGGAGCGACCAAGAGGUGCAGGCGCUGAUUCAAGUCUGGUCCGACGAGCGCAUAUGCAGGCAGCUGGAGAGCUCCACCAGGAAGAGGGACAUCUUCGUCCAGAUCUCCAAGAGGUUGCUGCAACAAGGGAUAGAGCGCGACUGGAAACAGUGCCACACCAAGUACAAAAACCUCAAGUACCUUUACCGAUCCCUCCAAAGGGGCAAGACUGACGAAGUUGACCCCAGACGCCUCAUGAGGUUCUACGACGAAGUGGAUUCCAUUAUGAGCCAGAUCAAAAGUAGCUCACCGCGUGACAUUGGUGGUGCCGACUCUGCAGACUCGAGCAGACUCACGGUGCUGGAAGGUUUUGAGGAGAACAAGCAUUUAAGUAGCUUUCUGACCAAGGCAACCGUCGGGACGGCAGCGACGGGAGACGUGGAGGAAAGGACGAUCAGCUGCGAUUCGUCCGUAGCCCGCGACGUAUCAAACACCGGCGACUUGAGGCAGCGUUGUUUGGAUCGACACCACAGACUGAGUAGCGCUUCUGAAACAAGGCCAGAAAUAGUGGACACUUGCUCAGCAGGCAGAGGAAUGAAGAGGAAAGCCGUGGAUCCAGACCCCACGCUCCAGACGCCAGUAAAAAGACUGGACAUUGGCCCUGACUUUGCUUGUAAAGGGGCGGGCCAGGUCAAAGAAGAACCUGGUCACUUCCCAAUAAUCAAUUCCGUCUGUUCAAUGGCCACCCCUAACCUAUCCCCAGAGAGACAGGUAAUACCUGCUAACGCUGUGAAAACUGAAGAAACACUCCUUCCUCAGGUUGUAGGAAUGCAGAUGUGCUCGACACAGCCGAAGACCCCGCACUCCUCCCCGAUACCGUUCUCCUCGAACUCCAUCCCGCCGACGUCGUCUGCCCCCGGUCCUCCGGAGGACUGCUCAAGACCGAUCAGCGCCAUGGCCUCCACACCAGAGUUGAACAUCGGCAAGAAGCUCAAUGAGGGAAAGACGAAGCAGAUCUUCGAGCUCGUGGACCAGCCGGGACUGGUCCUGGUCCAGUCCAAGGACCAGAUCACGGCGGGGAAUGCUGUGAGGAAGGAUCAGAUGGAGGGAAAGGCUGCCAUCGCCAACAAAACGACGAGCAGCGUCUUCCAGCUUCUGCAGGAAUCUGGAAUUAAGACGGCCUUUGUGAAGCAGCACUCGGACACGGCCUUCAUCGCGGCCCAUUGUGAGAUGAUUCCCAUUGAGUGGGUGUGUCGGAGAGUGGCGACCGGGUCCUUCCUCAAGAGGAACCCAGGAGUCAAGGAAGGCUACCGCUUCUCGCCCCUGAAGAUGGAGAUGUUCUUUAAAGAUGAUGCCAAUAAUGACCCCCAGUGGUCAGAGGAGCAGCUGCUGGAGGCCAAAUUCUCUCUGGCUGGGCUCACCAUCGGCCAGUGCGAGGUGGACAUCAUGAACCGGAGCACUGUGGCCAUCUUUGAGAUUCUGGAGAAGGCCUGGGCCACUCAGAACUGCACCCUGGUGGAUAUGAAGAUCGAGUUCGGCGUCAAUGUGAAAACUCAAGAGAUCGUCCUUGCUGAUGUGAUCGACAAUGAUUCGUGGAGGCUGUGGCCCGCUGGCGAUCGCAGCCAGCAGAAAGAUAAGCAGGUGUACAGAGACUUGAAAGAAGUUACCCCUGAGGCAAUGCAGAUGGUGAAGAGAAACUUUGAAUGGGUCUCUGAAAGGGUCAAGCUGCUGCUGGAGUCCCAGGCUAGCGGCAGGGUGGUGGUCCUGAUGGGCUCCACCUCGGACAUGGCCCACUGUGAAAAAAUCAGGAAGGCCUGCACCUCCUACGGGAUCUCCUGCAUCCUGAGGGUCACCUCUGCACACAAGGGUCCAGAUGAGACCCUCCGCAUCAAAGCAGAAUAUGAAGGCGACGGCGUACCCACUGUGUUUGUGGCAGUGGCUGGAAGAAGUAACGGUCUCGGUCCGGUCAUGUCCGGAAACACCGCUUAUCCUGUCAUCAACUGCCCUCCUCUCACUCCAGACUGGGGUGCACAAGAUGUCUGGUCAUCCCUCCGCAUGCCAAGCGGUCUCGGAUGCUCCACGAUCCUCUCCCCUGAGGCCGCCGCCCAGUUCGCGGCCCAGAUUUUCGGCCUGACCGACCACCUGGUGUGGUGCAAGCUGAGAGCCUCCAUGCUCAACACCUGGGUGUCCCUCAAGCUGGCCGACAAAAAGCUGCAGGCCUGCAGCCUCUGAAGGCACUAAAGAAGCAGUAGGACCCAGCGGGCCCCACUCUUUGUCAGUGUCAUGUCUUUGUUUACUCUGACGGCCCCGUUAACUGUAGAUGUUUCUCACGCACAAAUCAUUCCAUUAAAAAAAUGAAACACUUCUUA